CUCCAGUUCUUCACAAGUCCAAAGUCUAGACCACUACUCUAACGAUUAUUACUCCUUCAAACCUCCUCCCCCAUAUUUCCCAUACUUCCUCUUCCUUCAUUCCCUAAUCCCGCAAUCCUUAAUUCCUUCCAAAACUCCUACUCAAUUCCUCUUUCCCUUCUUCUCCCUGUCUUUUCUUUCCCCUGUCUGUCCGCUCUACUUCUCCCACCUUAACCUUAACCUUCCCCUCUCCUCUCCACCCCCACUCCCCCAGUCGCUGAUCAUUAGAUCACUACCCGCGAUCGUCGCUAUACACUUCUACACUCUAUACUCUAUACUUCUUAGUGGCAACCGGACUUUUGAUACGAUCUGCACUUUUGCAACCCGUCUAUCAUCUAACCGUCAACCAUCGAUUGUCGGUGGUUGACCAAUUUACAACCCCGCAAAUCCUCGUCUCAGGCACCCAGUCAGCCUUAUGACGGUCAUCAGCUUGGUAAUGCAAAACCGCCGGGGCCAUGCCUCCGCCAAGCGUACGCUCCGCCUACCCAUCAUCGCCCCGAAGGAGGAAGUCCUCGAGGGCAAAUCAGACAAGAGUAUGAUCGCGCCGCCGCGUAUCCGUCUUCCGCCGCGAUCUCGGACCGGCUGCUGUUAAAUGCGAUGAGGGACAUCCGCAAUCAAUGUACGAGACUCGGCCAUAUUUGCGAUUAUCGGCCACGGCUAGCUUUUCGCGAUGAUACCCCGCGCAUCAUGGGCCGUAUGGCCGAUGUGAAGACUGAGGGAAAUGUGGUCUGGGAUCUCUCAUCACCGGGAUCAACAAGCGAGGACCGGUCUGGAAACGAUUAUUUCUCUCUUGGAGAUGCCCUCCCGGCCUUUUCGCUAUUGACCUGCGAUGAGGAGCGUGAACGAAAAGCGGAGAUUACCACCCCAGGCACAUACCAUGUUAUUAUGGUCCCGGAUAGCUUCAGCUCAUUACCCGAGUACGCCGACGACGCGGAGAAGCACAAAGCCACUUUCACCGAGUCCGUAUACUCGGUCACGAGUAGUCCCGUGAGCGUGAUCAAAACUGAGAAUGACCCAACCGACGAUCCCAAUGUAGUCAUAUUGAAGACUUUUGAGGAUGUCACCCGACGCUCGUCUUCGACCGGCAGAACCUCAAGGGUAUCGCCAACAUCUGAGAUUUCGGAUCCUUUCUGCUCCCUCUCUCUAUCUCCUAUCAUGGAUUCUUUCCCAUCUCCCGUUCUCGGUGAAGAGCAUGGCUCUUCAUCAUUCCUUGUCGAUUCGCGUAUGGAUCACUCGGCUCGGCAAAGGCAACAGGACUCGACGCUAUUCGCCCAUUUCAGACACGUUGUGUGGAAGCAAUUGUUCCCUCAUGACCGGAGUCUGAAUGACACAUACGGAUUUGACCGCAAUGGCAUGACUCUGAGUGUUGAUUUCCUCGAGCGGGAAGCCGCCCAUUUCCCUCCGCUCUCCCAUGCCAUUAUGACCGUGUCGGCUCUCAGUCUGUCGCACAGCGGCACUGGACAAAAUGUCGAUGCGCUGCAGUAUUACCAGCAAGCAUUCCCUUCCCUCCAGAUCAGCCUACGCAACAACGACGACCUUGUCUCGGACGGUCUUUUCCUAACCCACUUCCUCCUACUAAUCUACGAGGUCGCAGCCGCCGAGCCCCACGGCUCCAACCUCUGGUCCCAUCACAUCUCCCGUCUCCUCCACAUCGCCCUCCUCCGUCGGUCCAGAUUCGGCCGCGAACCACACCCCUUCAUUCUCUGGUGGAUCUGCCACAUCGAUCUUUAUGCCCUGCUCAGCGGUGCAGGAACUGGCGAGUUCGUACGGACUAUCAUGGACAACCAGAUGCUCCCGGGAUCAGAUAGUCUUCUCUACCCUUCUGUGAAUGAGGGAUACAGUGUGAUCUAUCCCGAUGAGCAUGAGAGCUUACCCACUCUCAUGCGCCUUUAUGCCGAUACCUUUUCCUUGGCGACCCAGAUUGGAUUCCUGGGUUCUAGGCUGCGUCAGGAGAAAUUGACAGUCCCCUUCUCUGAAUUCAAUCAGCGAACCAAGGAGAUUGGUGAGCUGCGUCAAGCUCUGACCCGGCUGUGGGAAGCGUCUGAUGUGGCCUAUUGGUAUCAGCGCCAGGAGAGUCUCCCGCGGCGGUCGCAGGAGAUCCUACAGCAGUCGGCAACUUUAUUCCACGUCAGCCAGCUCUUCUCCUACAGCAGCAUGUGGCCUCGCCAACGCCUUGAGUCAGAGUUCACCCCCGACGGCGAAAUCGAUCACCACGCAGCCGAAAUCCUGCGUAUCGCCGAGCAGACGACACAUACCCGUCGCGCCGACCGGCACUUUUUGGUCUUCCCCCUCUUCCUCGCCGGUGCUACCGCAUCAGCUAGUGGCCUGAAAAUGAUGGCCAUGGAAUUAAUGACCAGUAUGGAAGAUGAGGAAGACGGGAUGGGCCGCAAUGCGGCGACUACCCGGGCUAUUUUGCAGACUGUCUAUGAACGCCAGAUGGAUUGUCUGAUGCGAGUGGGCCACACGCUUGAUGUGGAUUGGGCUGAUUUGAUGGCUCAGGAAGGUCUGCAAAUGGUCAAUUUCGGGUUUUAGGUGACUUGGAUCUGGGGUUGUUGGUUUUGGUUUGGGUCAUUGGCGUUUUUUUAUCUUUGCGGGCAUAUUAUCGGGCUUUUGGGCAUCUGUGUGUGUGACUGACUCUUUGAGCUCUUUCUUUUGUUUUGGUCGUGUCUUUUUGAGCUGAGCUUGUUCUUUUUUUGGAUUUUGGGAAGCUUGUAUUAUUUGCAUGAGUGAUGACGGAUGGAAUGUAUGUAUAGAAACGAACACGACUUGUUAAUAAUGUGUCCAUGGAAAGACUACGGCUACUACAGCAUAG